UGGGAACAUGUACACAGCCGCUAGACCUCCAACUCCCGCCUUGUGUAUAGAAGUUGACCAAUCAGAUGUUGAAAGCCUCAAUGAUGACGUGGAAGACGCAAAAGAAGAAGAACUUGAAAUUACGGAGUGCAGUAAACAGAGCUGCAAUACAGGAAGAAUAAUGGUUGGCCGAUGGGGUAGAAGCAAAUUAUCCAGACGUUCUAGUGAUCCUCCUGAAGUGAUAGUAAAUCAAGCCAGGCUGCAUACUAGACCUCAUAAACCACCAAUUCAAUUUCAAGCUUCAUCUUGCAAGAGGACCAAAUUAAAAGAACCUAAAAAAGUGGAUAAAAAAAUUCAAAAUGAACUAAGCAAACCUGUAGAUGAUGAAGAAGUUGAAAGUGAUGAUGGAAGACUUAUCGCAUCUAAAGUUUUGCCCAUCAUGGCUAUGCUUCUUCAAAGAAAUGAAAGAGAGGAGAGUGAUGAAGAAAAGAAAAAAUCUGAAAUCCAGCAAAACACUACCAUCCAUUUACAGCCAAAACUUUCUGUUCAGUGUAUUCAACUACUUCCUUCAGAGCCUGUGACUUCAAGAAGGCAUUAAAUAAUUUUUAAGAUUAUUAAUAAAUUAACUGAAUAAUAACAUGUACAUUCAGAGGAAGCUCAGAUUAUGUUUUAAUUGUAAUCGUUUAAAUAUACAUGUAGAUUAUGCCAAGUUCAACAACACAACCAGAAUCUUUUAUACAAAGAAAUAAAUAUAGCAUUCCCUUGCAAUCUUGUAUUGAAUAAACCUUUAAGAGAACUGUUAAGAUCGUUUUCUUAUUCAUCCUAAGUUAUUAUUCAUAUUUGCUCUUCUAUAGCAGAAUUUUUAUAAUAAAGAAUUUC